GUAUCGGUCUAUAAUGACUGGAGAGAAAACAGCAGUACCUACGGUAAAAGCACAGGCUUCAACGACCGUAUUAGAUGAAAAAUCGAAAUUUCAAGUACCCAGUUGGGCUUCACGACCACCACCUGGAUCACAUCUGGAUGUUUGUAAAGGAGAUCAGCUUAUACAGAAGUUGAUGAUCGAUGAGAAAUCAACUUACUACUUUGGUCGAAAUCCGAAGCAAGUCGAUUUCGCUGUUGAACAUGCUUCAUGUUCUCGAGUCCAUGCUUUACUACUUUAUCAUGGAGUGUUGAAUCGAUUCGCACUAGUGGAUAUGGACAGUAGUUCGUAUACACUACGGUUAAAAUUAAUGCAAUCGAAGGAGAAUGAAGACGAGGAGAAAGAGAAGAUGCCUAGUGAGCAAGAAUUAGAGAAUGUGACCGAGUACAAUACAGCUCUGAAUCGACGUAUUCCACAACUUCCAAUAUCAGCCGAAGAAGCGCGCCGAAAAAAGCGUCCGCGCGGUAACGUCGCUUUCAUUGAACAAGAGGAGAUUAUCAAUCCGGAGGAUGUUGAUCCAACAAUUGGUCGCUUCCGAAAUCUUGUAGCAACUGCUAUUAUAUCGAAUAAUCCCGCUAAAAGAGUAGCACCAGAAACGAAAGGACAUGAACCACCUCGCAAAAUCGUGCGACCAUUCCGGGACGUUUCCUUAUCGUCACCAAUGUGUUCGACGCUAGGUGGCAUGUCACUAAACGCUGCUCCGGAUUUGGAAUUGUAUAGUAAAACAUUACCAGAACCAGGAAUGCAUAAUAUGUUCCCACUUGGAAGUUUUUCAGUACAUCCGCAUGUGGUUACAAUGGAUAGUGAUGAACCGCAUAAGAAGAAAUACGCAAAGGAGUCAUGGCCUGGUAGAAAACCAACUUCUGGGGUUUUGUAG